GCGAAACUUAGGGUUUUGGUUUGAUUUCCGUUCGAGUCUUAACAUAUCCAAUCUCCUCAUGCAUGCAUCCAUGGAAGUACGUCUCUCCUAUCCUCAGACCUUGUGUCUCACAGAUCAGCCCUUUAUACGUGGCAGAUUUUCUGUUUGUAUUGAUUAUUUUAUGCCCAAAAGCUUAAAGCAACCCCAUUGUUUUGAUCUCCGAUCCACUUGGGAUGUUUUUGAAGACCAUUUCCAAAUCUUAGUAUCCUCUCUCUCUUGAUCUCUGAAACAAGAAAAGACAAUCGUUGUUCUUCACUUCCCUUUCUUUCCCUUUUCGUUUAUUUCUUCCAUCUCUGUCCUUCCAUGUUUCUUAAUGCUUUUAGGUUUCUCAAAUCCUCCUAACUACAUUAUAUGGCAUGCAUGAAGCUGGGCUCUAAACCUGAAGCCUUCCGUCGUGAAGGGAAUACCUGGUUUUGUGCAAAUGGGCUUCCAUGCGACAUUGUAAUCGAAUGUGGAGAAUUGUCCUUUCAGCUUCACAAAUUUCCUUUGCUUUCCAGGAGUGGGGUUUUAGAAAAGCUGAUUGCAGAAGCCUCUAAUAAUGAUGGACAAAGCUGCAUUUUGCGGCUUCAUGACAUACCCGGUGGAGCCAAGGUGUUUGAGCUCAUAGCCAAAUUCUGUUAUGGGAUUAAAAUAGAACUUACUUCCCUUAAUGUAGUUAGUCUUAGGUGUGCAGCCGAACACCUUCAGAUGACUGAAGAGCAUGGAGAGGGGAAUCUGAUCUUUCAAACAGAGAAUUUCCUUAAUGAGAUAUUUGGCAAUUGGGCAGAUUCAGUCAAAGUUCUUGAUAUGUGUGAGGAAGUUCUUCAAUAUGCUGAAGAACUCCACAUUGUCUCGAGAUGCAUUGACUCCUUGGCAAUGAAAGCUUGUGCCGACCCUAGCUUAUUCAGUUUGUCUGCGUCAGGACGCACUAGCAUGCAUAGCCCUGGGGGUACUGUCUUAUGGAAUGGAAUAGGCACAGCAGCAAAGCCAAAGCAUGUGAGUGAAGAUUGGUGGUAUGAGGAUGUGUCCUUCCUCAGUUUUCCAAUCUAUAAAAGAUUAAUCUUUGCCAUUGAAUUGAGAGGCAUGAAGCCUGAGAAUAUUGCUGGGUCCCUCAUGUUGUAUGCAACAAGAUAUCUUCCUCUAAGUAGGUAUUCAAACAUCAGUGAGAAUGUGAACCGUGUGAUCCCUGGUUCUGCUAUUUCUGCCCCUUCUGAGGCCAAUCAGCGGGUUCUCCUCGAAGAGAUUGUGGAGUUACUGCCCAAUCAAAAGGGAGUUGCACCGACCAAGUUCCUGCUUGGUUUGCUCCGUACUGCCAUGAUCUUACAUGCAAGCCCAUCAUGUAGAGAGAACUUGGAGAAAAGGGUGGGAGCUCAGUUGGACCAAGCUACGUUGGAUGAUCUUCUCAUACCAAACAUGGGCUACUCGGUGGAGACAUUUCAUGAUAUUGACUGUGUUCAGCGGAUUCUUGAUCACUACAUGUCGGUGGAUCAUGCUGCUGCUGGUUCUUCCCCUUGUAUAGUGGAUGAGUCACAGUUAGAAGGGUCCCCUUCGCUGACCCCAAUUACAAUGGUUGCCAAGCUAGUGGAUGAGUACCUUGCAGAGGUGGCAUCUGAUGUAAACUUGAAGUUUCCAAAGUUUCAAGCAUUAGCAGCUGUGAUUCCAGAUUAUGCUAGGCCACUUAAUGAUGGCCUCUACCGUGCAAUUGAUAUAUACCUCAAGUCACAUCCCUGGCUGACAGACUCUGAGAGGGAGCAGCUAUGCAGGAUCAUGAACUGCCAAAAGCUCUCUUUGGAGGCCUGCACCCAUGCAGCACAGAACGAGAGGCUACCUCUCCGAUUAAUUGUCCAAGUCCUAUUCUUUGAGCAGCUUCGGCUCCGCACUUCUAUUGCCGGCUGGUUCUUUGUUUCUGACAACCUUGAGAACUCCCAAAACUCACAUGGGAACCUCUCACUCCACAAGCAUGAAGGGUCGUCUCAGGAAAAUCCUACUCAUGAUCAAGCUGUUAAAAUUGACGACAUGAAAGCGCGGGUCUCUGAGCUCGAGAAGGAAUGCUCAAGCAUGAAAGAGGAGAUCCAGAAGUUGGGGAAGACAAGGAGUAGUUGGAAUAUCUUCGCUAGAAAGUUCGGAUUUGGACUAAAGUCUGAGCCUAGCAAAUCCAAAGCACCACCACCGCCAAAACCAUCCACACAAGCACCACCUGUGAAUGAACAGCAAGAUCAGAAUGGUGAGAUGGCUAAUUGAUUUAGAAACUGCAAGCUAACAGAAUAACAUUGUUUCCACACAUCUCUUCACUACUUCACUAGUUGAAAGUGCAUUAGCUUUGAUUCUUUAAUUGGUUGAAAGUGCAGUAGCUUUAAUUCUUUAAUUGGUUGAAAGUGCAUUAGCUUUGAUUCUUUUAUUUGUUGAAUAUUUAAUCAUCAAAAUGACUGUAUUAUGCUUAGAAGCAACCUUGUGAUUUCAUUUAAUCUAUAAUAGAUUCUUGAUUUUUCUCCAAAUUCUUUUGUGGUAUUGGUUUUAAAUUAA